AUGAUUUAUGUGAUCAACAAGUUCCGAGAUCAUCAUUUCGCUUCGGUGUUCUAUAAAAUUCUGUUUGUUUCGGGAAUAAUGGUAAGUCCGCCUUAGGGCCUUUAUAUCUCGAGUAUUUACAAGGGUGAUGUCUUAACUGCAAUGUUCAAAAUUUUUUGAAACUUUGCAUACAUGACGUGAAUGCAAAGUCUCGAUUGUUGCUGUAAAUCGUGAUCCAGUAAUUUAAUUACAUGCCUCAAGUUUCAUCAAAAUCUGAGCGUCGCAUUCGGAUCACUUCCCCUGUUAAUCUGAAUUUCAGGACGCCCUUGGCUACACAAAUGCCAUUCUGACUGGCCGUUUGCCCAAUACCGACUUCUUUGUGGAAUAUCUUCUUGUCCCGUUGAUGACGCCUACUUUUGCCUUAUCACCCUUUAAAUACCUCACAAAUCAUGCAAUAUUAUGCGCACAAGUCACGCCCUUUUUACUGGCGGUGAAUCGCUUGACCAGUCUGUUUACUCCACUGUAUUAUGAACGGGUAAGGAGAUUGCUUAAAAAAGAGAGAAAAUGAGAUCACAAAAGCAAAGUUCUUGGCCGAUAUUUCAUCCAUAACGUGAAGAAACAUUUUAUUCACCACCUGUGGUAAAAAUACCAAAACUUUGCAAGAAAAAACAGUUCCUGAGCACAUGGCGAAAUCUUUCACCGCUGGAAAAGGAAAGGUUGCCCUUAUGAACACUGUAGGGAGAGAAUGCAUCAACAAACUACAAAUAUUAUUGUACAGAUAACCUAGCUCUUUUAUAUAAAAAUUGACUUGAGUUACUUGGACGGUAGGGUUUUAAAUUUCCCUCUGAUUACGACCAAUCUGAGAAGGUUCAGAUCAGAAGACGGCAAUUGGGGGAAGAGGGGACCUUGAGAAAAAAGUCAUAUCGUAACAGGGAACCAAGGCGGUUUUUUAAGGAUGGUUUUUUUUGUUCUGUCAAAAAACUAAUAUGAGGGACCAAGGCGGCGGGCCAAUUUGUCCACACAUGAAAAAAGAAUUCGUCAAAAUCGGGGUUUUGUCAAAAUCGGACUUUUUAAACUUAGGAUCUAGACAUGGCUCGUCGGCCGGCCCGGGCCGAAAAUCUCGGCCCGGCCCGUCGGCCUGAAGGGUUCCGUGUUCCCUAGCUAUCUAUAAACAAAAAUACCUUUAAAAAAACCAAUUGUGUCUUCACAUUUCGUUUAUUUUCAUUAGCCUUGUCUAUUAGGAUCUUCCUAAUUUUUGGAACCCUUGUAUUUUGAAGUAUGGGCUUUUAUAAUCCGUAAAAAUUUUAAAGAGCGGUCUAUUUUCGUUUGAGAAAAAUUCAAUUUAAUUUUUGUGCCCCAAGGGAUAAUUUUUGUUAAAAUUUUUGGCCUAGUUUUAAGGCGGAUCUUGAUUAUUUAGAGGUUCCCCCUUACCAUGUCAUGUUCUCUAUGAUCUCACUCUUCUCACACUCUGUCAGACUUCUCGUGGUGGCAUCUACCAAACAAAGCCUGAGAAGGUCUACGAACCUUUGAAAACAAAAUUACUUUUUCCACGGAUCACACUCAAACCUCGGACCCGUUUAGAUAUGGAAACCCUACAAAAUUAUUAUCGGAACGUUCUACUUUGUCCUUCCAUUCGGACUAUGCUGGUUUCUCCUCCUAAACCCGGCGGAAUUCACAUAUGACGACACAAAGCAGUGGUUUACCUUUGUGGGCUUUGACUACGACCAUCAGUUUAGUGUUGGCUACAGUACCUCAAACAUGACUUUAUAUUUCACCAUGUUCUUUGCGGUUACUUCUUUUUUGGUCAAUGUUUUCAACGUUGGGUUGUUGGUGAAACUGCGGAUGGAAAGACUGAUCAAUAUCAGCCGAGAGAAGAGUCUGAUGAUCUGCACGUUUGUGGUGUUCAUCGCGCAGACUACGGUGGUCAUGGGCGAAGUGAGUUUGGAAUUUUUUUCAAGAGCCUCAGGCAAUUCAAAUUUAAGAUCCUUUUUUGUCAUUUAUCCGGGUUUUCAGUACUUUUUCGUCACAAAAUUCUUCAAUAUCUACGUAACACUGCGUUUCCUCCUGCCGCCAAUGUUCGAAAUCAUGUUCCUCUUUCCCUGCGUCAUCUCAACUCUGACUGUACCUCCUCUGCGUUAUGCUGUUCUUGGAAGAGAAGAUAUUGAACGAAUCUUUACAAUUACCAUGCACCAGUAAGAGAAUAAACUUUUUUUCUCUUUUUUUUGUAUUUAUUUUAAGAGAAGUUUAAAAUUUUUUGUUACUGACAUCGGUAAUUGUUUAGAAUUUUGGAAAACUGAAACUUAAAUUUUUUUGGAACCAAAUUUCAGGUUUCUCUGUGCGGAGUUUCGGGUCAACGACGGUUCGGUUCAAAGCAAAAGUGAUCGGUAUGAGACGUAA